AUGUCGAAAUUUCCAGCGACUUUUGGUCGAGGAAACAUCUCGCAAGAUGGACGAAGCAACAGCCUUGCUGAAGAAAUCAUGAGGGCUACCAUGGAGAGUGCGAGUCAUGCGAUGGACUCGAGAACGGGCAAUGGUGCAAACUACCGUGAUGAGAUGGUACAAGACACUUAUUAUUACUCCAAUUCCAAUAUCGAAAGUUCCGAUGAUGAGGAUGAGAAUGAUAAUGAGGAUAUCGAUAUCUCCAUCUCCAGCGAUGUCCAGGCAUCAGAGCGACCUCUUCUCCCUAGCGAACAACCACUCAUCCCAUUCGAGCCCGCGAGACUGAAGAAAGGUGAAAGAGCAAUCAUCACACCAGAGAUCCAAGCAAUGCUUGAUGCCGCCGGAGUCGAACCGAACCCAAAGUACCAAGGCGAGAUCACCGCAGAGAUGCUCAACGACUUAUUGACCCCAGAGGAUCAAAAUUGUGCGCUCCAUAUCACCAAUAUCCAUCCCAAAGCUGAGAUGAAGGAUCUUUUCCCCACGAUUCAUCACGGGAAGGUAUACUCCGUGGCAUGGAACAGCCCUAAUGGAGAGUGGACCUAUGCCGCUUCACGACUUUGCUUCUGCACACGAGAGGCAGCUGAGAGAUACCUCGAAGACAGCGAAACCGGGAACGGAAUCAGCAUUUGCGGACAACGAAUCACGGUUGAGUGGAAUCGAAAUAAAAAGUGCCCCGUUCCGGAGGAUGAAAGUCACCAAUCGCGCGUGAUACAGUUGCGAGGUCCAAGAACCUUCGGAUUCUCUGCCAACGAUCUUGAAGACUUCUUCGGCAAGGACAUGAAGCUCAACAUCAUCUCGCGAAAGGAGUGGGACCACAGGACAGAUCAAAAAGUCGUCGAGCUAGCAUUUUGUGGCAUUAAAGCACAGUCACGAAUGGCGUUUCGUUGCUUCAAGCAGAAAGUCGCUGCACAAGGACUUGGGAAUCAAUUCGACAUUCGAUUUGCGCCAGAUCAUUGUGAUCCAAAUGCGGAUCAAGGCAAAGACAUGUUCAUGCCGCGACCACGUACUUCUCGUGAUCUGCAGUCUAGCCCACCACCUCCACGAACUUUGGAAAGCAUUCGAACAUCCAACUGGCGUACGGGUACUAUGGGGGGACCGAAGGGAAAUGGAAGUGGAAAGUUGCCAACUCGAGGUGGACCUAAGUACGAGAAAGGUGCUGGUCCGAACGUGAAAAGCUGGAGACGUGCAGAAUGA